GUUGCUAUCUCAAUAACAGCUAGAAGCGAGACAUAUUUUUGAAUAUGUAUUUGUAAUUAUGUUUAUUUGCGAUGCCAGCCUGUGCUAAUAAGUAGAAAUAUUUUAUCUCGCGCUAAUGUGUGACAUAGAAUGAUUUUUGACGAUCGAGAAGAUAAUGAAAGAGCUGCUGUUAAACGUGAUGAAUAAGUGUUACUUGUGAGAAAAGAGUAAAAGUAAAGUGUGAAUCAUGCCGAGGAAACUAUUGAAAUUUCUCAUAUUGUUCGACAACUCAUCGUUGUUAUAUUUUCCUGGUCAGUUUUUAUCCGGAAGAGUAUUACUUGAGUUGCAGGAGAACACUCCAGUUUUAGGACUACACUUCCAUGUUGUUGGUGAGUGUGUAGUACGUGUGAGAUCGGGUCGACAUGACCGCUUUUACGACAAGGAGAACUACAUAGACUUCAGAAUGCGUUUGUUGGGCGACAGUGAAAAUCAAGGACCAACCGUUCUAUCGCCGGGAAUACAUAGCUUUCCUUUUAAAUUAGGUUUACCGGUAGAUUUACCAUCCACCUUCCUGGGGCGAUAUGGAUGGGUACAAUAUUACUGCAAAGCGGCUUUACGCGAACCUUCCGGAUUGAUACACAAGAAUCACCAAGUGUUCAUAGUUAUGAAUCCUAUUAACCUAAACACCGAGCAACCGUACUUAGCAGAUCCAUUCAAAUGCAACGUCGAACAUAAUUUGGGAGUUACUUGUGUAGGAGGAGGCAUCGUCAAAUGCAAAAUAAUUUUGGACAGGGGAGGGUACGUACCUGGCGAAUCUAUAAUGAUCACAUCGGCAGUGACUAAUUCCAGUAAUGUCACUAUCAAAAGCACAAAAGCUGCGUUAACUGAAACUAUUCAAUACCUUGCCCAUGACAAAUUGGUACAAACGGAAAAACGGGAACUAGCAGUAAUCGCACGUGGAAAAAUUCGACCAGGUUGUCGCGAUGAUUGGCAAAAUGAAUCGUUAUACGUGCCACCGCUACCACCAACAAAUCUACGAGGAUGUCAUUUGAUUCGGAUACAAUAUGAUGUUUGUUUUCUGAUCGAGCCGAAAUCGCUGGAAAAGCAAGUCAAAUUGCAGCUGCCAAUUACGCUUGGAACAUAUCCAUUCAAGACCACUGAAGGAGAAGAUACAAACGAAUGGGCUGAAACUGUCUACAAACCGGAAACACACUAUCCAUCCACGCUGCCAAUUUUUAGACCUUGGUUGCACGAAAAAGCUGAUUUGAAAUAACAAUAGCACACGAUAUGAAUCAUCGUACUAUUAUUUCGACGUUUUAAGUGAUAUGUUAGGAAAUAAAUAGUUAUGCAUUUUCUAGGUGAUAUUCCGCAAGGCAUCUAAAAGAAGUGCCAUAUGCACAUGUAUUAAGUGAACAAGCUUAGAGUAUUCUAUAGA